AUGAUAGCAAAACUCAAUGGCUUGAAUGAUUGGAAAUCAGUAAAAACGUUGGGUAAUCUAGCAGAAAAACUAAAGAAAACGACGCAAGAAAUGAUCGGUGUUGUUGGCGAUAUGCUUCCGAAUCAAGUCUAUUCGAGGAGCUCAAUUCUCAAAACGUUGGAGAUCACUGAUGAUGAAUUCAAAACGAUUUGUUUAUCAGCGAACACUCAGAAUAUGCAGGAAUUCAAGCUAAGACAACGUGCAAGUCACGUUUUCUCGGAAGCGUUACGAGUCGUGCAAUUUCAAGAUGCAUGCAGACAAGGCGAUUUGCGUGCGAUGGGUACACUGAUGAGUGAGAGUCACGAGAGCUGUCGAAAUCUCUAUGAGUGCUCUUGUGAUGAACUGGAUAGAACGGUUGAGAACUGCGUGAAUGCUGGGGCGUUAGGCGCUCGUUUGACUGGUGCGGGUUGGGGUGGCUGUGUGGUGGCGUUAUUCAACGAGUAUCGUAACGACCUGAAUGUUCUGUUUUGGAGUCAACCGGCUGAAGGAAUCCGUGUCGAAAAAAUUGAAUCUUCAUAA